AUGCCCGUCUACAUUGCUCUGCUUUCUCACCUAAUAGACCUGGCCGAAAUUUGUUUGAGCGAUUGUGUGUCCCCCCUCGCGUCUGUCGUCCCCUGGACGACUUUCCCCCCGUCUCCCACAACCCCAACCCACCGCGGCGCGGCGGAAUCCAGUUCCAAGCCCACCAAAUCGAGCCGGACCCCGGCGCCACCAAAUCGCGCGGCCUCGGAGAUCCAGAACGGUCUAGAAGCAGCGGGGAGGCGCCGCCGGAAGCGGAGGAAGCAGGCGCCGGUGGUGGCGAAGUCGUCGGGGGCGGCGGCGGCGGCUGCGGCGGCUGGGGUGCCUGCGAUGAUAACCCGGUCGAAGCUGGUGGAGCAGCUCCGCGACUACCAGAUCCGAUCCCAGCACAAGCGCGACAUUAUCGGAGCUAUCUCAUGGGGCUUGCUGUGUUGCUUCCUGAUAAUAUCCUCGUACAUGACGCUAUACUUCAGGCACUUUUGGCUUAGUGCUAUUAUCAUCUCAGUUGGUAUUCUUCUUCCUGCCGGCCUGUAUAUUUUGAGGCAGAGAAAGCUGGCUAAGAAGAGAGAGAGAAGACUGCUGUUGCCUCUCUCCAUGUAAGGUUGUUGUUAGAUUUCUUGUUUCUGCAGUCUUCCUGUCUUGAUAGGAUCCACAUUCUUGGCUUGCGGCUUGCAUAGCACACAUCCAACAUUUUAUACGUCUGUGGCCCUUAAUACACAUCCUUGAUGUUUUCCAAAGUUCUACAGGAGAUAUGGUUAUUUCGCGAUCCCCUUGUUGUGUGAGUAGAUAUCCUCCAAUGCUUUUGGGGCAUGAUAUGAUGGUUUGUGCUAUAUGCUUCAUUUUCCUUUUCUUUUUCUUUUGGUUUGAUGGAUACCUGCAGCCUGAAGAAAUAUCUCAAUAUGUCAGAUUA